AGGGUACCAGAUUGAAGAAUGGCAGCGUUCAUGGAAGAAGAUGGUCUUGCAUCUGAAGAUUUAUAUGCUGUUUUAAACGUCGAGCGAAAUGCUAGCACAGAUGAAAUCAAUACAGCGUUUCGUAGAUACAGUAAAAUCUUCCACCCAGACAAACAUUUAGAUGAGAAGAAAAAGAAGCAUGCAGAAAACAUGUUCAAUAAAAUCAAGAAGGCUCAUGAAGUUUUAACUGACCCAAACAAAAGACCGGUGUAUGAUCAAUUUGGAAUGAAAGGUUUAGAAAUAGAAGGCAUGGAGUUAAUAUCAAAAUCCAAGUCAGCAGCUGAAAUAAUUGCUGAGUUAGCAAAACAAGAAGAAGAAAGAAAGUUACAACAAAUGACAAAUCCCAGGGGUCAAGUAGUUAUAGAACUCAAUGCUUCUGAUUUAUUUUAUAAUGAAGAAUAUAAAGAAUACAGUUCUGGUUUAAGUGGUUUAGAGGUCAGUAGUAUGAGUUUAGUACAAACUGUCGAAUGUCCUCUGACGAGACGAGAUACUGUCAGACUUGGUGGGAAUGUGACGGCACAGAAUGGAAAUGGGCAGGGCAUGUUUACAACAGUAUGGAGGAGGGUGUGGUCAGCUAAAGGUUGGAAUGAGUUUCAAGUGUCCGUUGGUAAUGGUUUUAGAGGAGGACUCCAGGCUUUUUAUCAAAUCAACAGAAGAUGUUUUUGUGUAGGGUCAGUAUCAAUUUUAGCAGUACCAAAUGGAAUAAAACCAGGAUUAUCAACAGUGAUUGCUUGGCAACUGGAUAAAAAUUUACAAGGAAAAAUGCUUUUCAAUGCCAGUAUGUCGUCCUCCUCUGUAAAAACUCUACUUAUAUUUGAGCAUCAACCUUAUACAGCUAAAUUAUCAUUACAGUUAGGUGUACAGAUGGGGAUACCAGCUAAUUUCAUCCAGGCUGCUUUAUCUAGAAAAUUUACAUCACAUGACGCUGAGGUUCGUGUAGCAGGAAAGCUUGGAACGAUAGAAAGUUAUAUUGAAUAUGGUAUUCAGAAAAAGAUUUCACAGUUCAGCUGGAUUGGUGCUAAAAUGAUGAUAGGGGUUCCAUUUGGGGUAUAUGUACAAAUCAGACUAGUUAGAGGACAACAAACUUUUGUUUUUCCCGUGAAAUUGUCUGAACACAUAAUGCCUAAUGUUAUAUUCUAUGGAACAUUUUUCCCUAUGGUUGUGUAUUUUGCUGUGCGUAAACUUGUUGUCACACCCUACCUCAAAGAGCAGGAAGAAGAAGAAUUAGAGAAGAGGAAGAAAGACCAUGCUGAGACGUUUGCCCAACAAAAAGAAGAGGCUGAAUCGGCAGUAGAUCUGAUGAUGGGAACAGUGGAGAGAAUUAUAGAAACAGAGGAAAAUAAAAGUGGUUUAAUUAUAACAAAAGCUGUUUAUGGUAGACUUCUAUCGGAAGGGGAAUUAUCUGAAGAUGAAUGUAUAAAUGUGACCAUUCCUCUACAAUGUCUAGUCAAGGACUCAAGAUUGCAGCUACCAGAAAGUAAAUCUAAGGCUGAUAUCCCAGGAUUUUAUGAUCCUUGUCCAGGUGUUGCCAAAUCACUUUAUAUACAAUACAGAUUCAGAGACCAACUUCAUGAAACAACAGUACCAGAUGAAGAACCAAUCAGAUUACCUUUACAAAGUCAUUUAAUAAAUGAAGAUUCUGGUGGUGUAUGACAUAAGGAAUAUAGUUAGAGAAAACUUGUGUGCCAAUCUGUACUCUAUACAAACCAGCUGACUGAAGAACUCUUAUCAGAGUCUGUUUUAUCACUGAACGGAACGGUUCCUGAUAGAAUCUGAUCAUUUGAGUGUUAACUACAGCUGCGUGUGGUUUCUGUCAUAUUGACCAAUCAAAAUCUUAGUUAUUGAGAAGUUGUUGAAGCAUGAUUAAUUACUUGUUGCAAGAUGAUCUGGUAUAAGGAAUAUUUUGAUUAUUCACUGUCAUGUUUACAUCUAUUAAUAGACCAGACAUAUGAUUUGCUAUUCGAUGACUUUGUUUUCAUAUUAAGUAUUAACAGAUUGUCAAGUUUUUAAAUGAGGAUUAUUGUUAAAUUAUUGAUAAUAUGGCCCAAUACAAGACUAUUAGAAAAUCGCUAGAAUAAAUUGAGAAGAUGCACAGAAAGUGGUAAAAAUGAAAUAUAGUAUUUGCCAACAUAAAUUGGUUUACGAUAAUUAUGUUUUGUCUUUCAAUAAUUAUUAGCUCAACUUUACUUCAUUGUUAUUUGUACACACUGAAUUAUUCCUAAUGUAAAUUUAAUAUACAUUCAUGUACAUGUGUAUAAUAAUCUCAACUGUAGAUGGGACGGUCUCAUCUCUUAUCUUUCCUGUUCAUGUAAAUUUUACAAUACAAAAUUGGUGCUUUUUUAUCAGUUGACUUUAUGAACAAUUACUCUAAUAUGGUAAAUUAUAAAGAUUGUACAAGACACAUAUGUCAUAAUAUUGGCAGAUCAAUUUUAUUCAGAAACUUUUCCCUGCAUUCCCUCUACAUUAAAUAAUAUAGACUUAGUGUUUGGUUGAGCAAACUAAUGCUAUUUUGAAGUAAAUUUUAAGAAAGAUCCACAAUUGUAUUAUUUGUGAAUUAUUUUUGUGGUACGCUUUGUAAUUUUCUUCUUGCCAAAAUAGAAUUAAUGAAUUGGUAAACAUUUUAUUCAUUGUUUUGACACUUGACCAAAUAUUCUAUGCAAAAGAUUGUUUUUUAAGCAAACAAGACUCAUUUCUCUUGGUCUGCACAUUUAUUUACUGUACAAGCUUGUUUUACUCAUGUGUAGAAUGUCUUUUACAAUAUAUUAUUGACUUAUUUUACCGGUGUGUUUUGUUUUAACUACAUGUAUUAGUGAAAAAAAAUAUUGUACAACUCAAGUCAUACAUUUUGAAUGAACUGUAAUUUUAUUUUAAACCUUCUGAAAAGAGUCAAUUAUUUAGCCAUAUUGAGAGCCUACACAAAUAAAAAAAUGUGUAAAGCUGAUGAGAAAAUAUUUAUAUAUGUUCAAAAAAGUUUCAACUAUUUUAUUGGUGGCAAAUAUGCCAUGAACUGUUCUUUAAAAAUGAGAAUUAAAAAAAAUAACGAAAUGGGAGGGGAUUUCUUUAGAAGGUCAAAUGAAUCAUAUUCUAUGGUCCAAUGUCUUCUGUGUAGCCUUAAACUUUAUAACUGAUAUAAAGAUUAACAUUAAAAUUUUAAAUGUAACCUACAAUAAUGGAACUUUGUAUACUGUAAAUUCAGAAAUAAUUGCGUACAUUUAUUAUUGAGAUUUUGUCAUAUAAGACUAAAAUGCGAUUUUAAUUUUGGCGAUAUCGAGAAAAAUCCUUUUUAAUUCAUGUAUAUAAAAAAUCAAAAUGCGAGUUUAAAUUAUUGCAAUUAUAACCCUGUGGCAUUUUUCACAAUAAUUUAUGAAUUAACAGUACUUCUUUUUUUUAUGAAGUUUUGACAAUGUUAUUGAUGUCAGUGGAUGAUAAAUGAGUAUGAUGACAAUAAACCAAUUAAACACUA